AUGUUAAUCGAUUCGAUGCUUGCGGAUAAUGAAGAAGGGAAGAUUUUUAUUAAACAACAGUACCAAGUUCAAAAAUUGACAAACAGCGAAAAUGGAUCUGCGAAACGUCACAAAUCGGUCCAUCGAUUACAACGCAAUGGGUGCAAGGAUAACGAAUGUGCGAAGUUAUUCCGACGAUCGAGUAGUCAAAGUGACAGAUGUCAUCAAAGUGUUCGUAAUUCGAUUGAUUCACAAGAUUCAAAUUCGAAAUUGAGUUCGUUAACAAGUGAACAAUUGGUUUGUUCGGAUGACAGCGAAGAAGAUCUACGUUUAGAAAAGACCGGAUGGUUGAAUGUGAAACAUUGGCUAACUGUAUCAGAUCAGGAGAUUGUUCAAUUAGCACCGAAACAGUCGUGGAAACGAUUUUGGAUUUGGUUGAAAGAGUGUCAUCUUCAUAUCUACAAUGAUUAUUUAGAUAAAAAUCCUCAUUUGAUUUUAAACAUGAUCGAUGGUCUUUGCUAUCCGUACCCGGAAUAUCGACAUCGACAGAAUGUUUUUAGUUUGACUGUGAAUACGGGUGAUAUCUAUUUAUUACAAUCUUGCAAUCAAAUUGAGAUCGACCAAUGGAUUGAUUGUAUUCAUUCUAAUUGCCUAUUGAAGUUAAAUUAUCAUUCCCUGCAGACAAAUAUCAGACAACUAGAGAAUCAGAUCGUAUAUGAGAGAAAAAUGCUGCAAACAACUUGUGUGCAAUUAAAAUUAUCGACGAAUGAUCAAAUAUAUUCCUUUCUCUCUCAACAAAUCGAACAACGCGAACGAGAUUUCGAAAGAUUUUGCAUCGAUCUCUUUCGAAACAAUUGUUAUCUAACGAUUUUUCCCAACAAUUCAAACUAUUUUCCCAAUUCCACCGAUCUGCUUGCACAAAUUACAUCAACAACGAAAUUUUUCUUAUGCGGCCUCGAUGCUUUCACACCUUGCGGUUUAUAUACCUACGUUCUCUCUCGGCAAGCGUCAAAACAUCGAACAAUUUACCAAACAGUCCUCUACGACUCCGAUCCUCAACGGGUUCGUUCGAAUUCUCAUUUGACCAUCAUCUCAGAUUAA